UAGUACACCAGCUUAACUCUGGCCUCUCAGUAGCCAUUCAGGCCAGCUCGGGGAGUUGCCCCCCUAUGGACAGUCAGGACAUAGCAGCAGGCAAGGAGGUCAUUCGGGUAGCCUCGGUGCAGAUCCUGGCCGAGCUACAGAGCCAAACGUCUGAGCCAGAGUGGGUAGGGUUUAUCGAGCCCCUCAUGGACCCUGUGACCGAUGAUGUGCUGAAUGCCAUUGUCGGCCCAAUGGACAAAAUGGCACAGGACUACAACAUCCUAUUGGAUCUGGCCAAGAAGAUGACAAUCUUGGGGUCUAAAUUUCUGACCAAUCUUCAAUGUGACCUUGAUGUUGAGUGUCCAUCUGGGAAAGAAGGGACCACUCACUUUCUCAAAGAGACUGGAUCCUCUAGCAGUGUGGUGUCCAGAAAGCUUCAGACCCUCUCUAGCCCCGACUUUCAGUCUAAAGCCCUCAAGGCGGUGAGCACCAUCCUUACAAGGAAAGUCAGCAGCUCUUCUGGCGUGGCUCCUUCCUCUAGGCCUUCUAGUGCUGCUCCUAGCCUUACUGAAGCUCCCCUGAAUACCAGCUGCACAGCCCUGACAUCUGUAAGCUCCACUGCCACAGUGAUUGUUAAGGCAUUUGUGGGAGGCAUGGAGACGAUAGCAUCAUUUGAAGGCAAAUGUGAAGCAGUUGAUUGGCCAGUUCCUGUAAAUGACCACAAAACAGGGUUUUCACAGAAGAUAACCUUCUCUCCAGCCCGCACACUCUAUGGCCUUAUAAGUGCAGACACCCUGGAAAAGGCAACUGUUUCAACUGUUGAGGUCCAGUUACCCAGCACCAAACAUAGUAGAGUUCCCAGUGAGAGCCAACCAAUACCAGCUCUCUGUCUCUCCAAUCUGGAUAACAGCACUCAAGAAGUUCUUAGCAGUGUUUUUUCCAUCUACAAGUCAGAGUUAUCAAAAGUGGAGAGUAAAUGCUUGGCCGUUGUCAGUUCAUCUGAUGAGUCCCUAGAUGCUUGUUGGCUUGUUGAUGGUGUCCUAUCAAAGCUUGAUGACUAUACUAUUUCCCAGUCACCCUCACCCAAUGAAGACUUGAGUGUGAGUACUCAAUGUUCUCAACUGAGCUCAGAAGAGAGUGUCAGAAUCACACAGUCCUCUACUAGUCUGAUUCAGAGCAUUAAGAAGCUCUCUAGCAAUGACUUUCAGACUCAGGCAGAAGAGGCAGUGAGUAAAGUGCUGAUGAGAUCCAGUCAUUCCUUUAUCACACAGAUCAGCCAUACUGGUCUUCAGAAAAGUCUGCAGGCUGGCUUAUCAUCUAGCUCGCCAUCUGAGAUUGCCUCCAUGUCCUCUCAGAAUACAGCCCCUGGAUUAGUGGAAACCUUUGUCAAAGGAAUGGCGACUAUUUUCCAGAAAAAUGAGUCCACUGACACUGUGCUCCUGGAAAGAAGUGGGAGAGUUUUGCAGUGCUCCCACGGGGGCUCCCAACUGGAUGAUACUGAAUUGAGCGUUAAAAUAUCAGAAGAGAAGCUUUGGUCAACAGCUAAGACCAUCUGCGUCAAUAUGAAGAACAUACUUAAGGAUUUCUUCACAGGGCUGAAGCCAUACGGAUCCGAAAGGACAGAAAAUGCUUCUUCCAAAGAGACCCUUGGGGAAAUCCUGGUUGCUAUCCAGAGUGAAAUCUCAAACUUAGGGCGAAUUAAGGAUUCCAGGGAGCUCCUUCAGAUCAACGAUAUGGUAGGAACUAUGCUGAAGGAGGUUGAGAAAAGUGAGGAUGACAGUGAACAAGUCUGCCAAGACAUCCCUAGAACCUGUUCAUCUUUGUCCACUUCUUUAAAGGGUCGUAGUUCCUUGUCUAGCUCUUCAAAGGGUCCUAGGUCAGAGUGUGAGUUAGAGAUCAACCUCCCUGGCACUCCCAUCCCUGACGAAGUGCCUUUUGAUCUGACCUGCCCCAUCGUCAGGAGCUCCUGCAUCAACACCAGGGACUCUAAAAUGCCAGAGAUUUCUACAAGUGACCUAAGGACAAAGAUGAUGGCACACACAGAUGAACCCCUGCAUCGUAACAGUCCAAUGACUGACAGCAGCCGACCACCGAGUGCUAAAGAAUCUUUUCGAUCCUCCACUACUCCAUCUUUCACCAGCAAGGGAACCUCUUUGGUACCAAAGGGAGAUGGGAUUGACAUUGAAGAGAAGGAGGUGAGCAUCCCCAGCAGCUCUGGCCAUUUGAGGGAGCUCUUAAUCAGCCCAGACAUCAGCAGUGCCACUGCAUUCCCACUGCAGUACUUGAUGGACUCCAGCAAAGAUGAUGUCAUCUGUUUGGUCACCGUACUGGUGAUAAGGUUGCUAUCGAAGAUCAGACCCUCAGCCCUAGAUGGACCCUUCCAACAGGCACCAGACAUGACAGAAACAUCUCAGCAACUCAUCAGACAAGUCCUGUCUGAGUUCUGUGUUGCAUCCAGAUUCUCCAGGACACAGGAAUAUUCCCAGAACCUGCACAUCCACAGGGUGUUCAGAGGUGUACAUAAAAACUUGAUGGAGGAGUUUGGCUCUUAUAACACCCUGCAAGCAGCUAUUUCCUCCCAGGACCCUGCAUUUGACAGAGUCCUGGUAAAGUCCUUGACCCAGCAGCUGGUACAGGGACGCAAGGAGGCGUCAAGACCAGCUUCUGCUGCAACAAACCCAGCAGACCAGGCUGAGACAGAGAGGGGGGCUGAGCAGAAAGCAAGAAGGAGCUUCCUUUGCUUUUCAAUGACCAAACUCAGGAUCAACUUCAAGGUAUAGCAGGGAGUUAGCAUUUGUUUUUUGUUCCAGUUAGAUGCUGAUGUUAUUGAUGUGGCUAUGAUAAGACAAAUAUAUGAGAUAAAUAUGUUUUUAUUCAUCACUAAAUUGUUGCCUUGGAUUCAGAAGUGUUCCAUUUAUUUAUUUAUUCAUUCUCUGUACCAUUUUCUUUACCUUUCUCCUGUUAGCGUUCCAAGAGAGGAAACGAAAAGGACUGCCAUUCAGUCCAGGAACAGAAUGAGAUUCCCUCUACUGAUGGACAUUGCAUAGCUCCACACAUUGAGGCUCAUGGUGCUGAAUCUCCAGUUGGAGAGGUUUCUCCCUCCAUAUCUCAGCCUAUCAAAAAACAAUCCUUGAUUGUCAGGGUCUUUUCAGCAAUGAUGAAGCCAUUCAGGCGCUUCACCAAGAAGAACCUGUAACCUGUUACACUGCAUGAAGAACUACUUUUGUAACAGCAAGACUUUUGACAAGAGGAAUUUCUGCAUGUCUACCCUUUCAAAGUCUAUUUGAUCAAAUAAAUGCAAAUUAUUUUA